CUGUGUGUGUCAGUGACAGAAGGCGAGCUGGGUUGUUUUGCGCACACAUUAUUUCAGUGUGAGGUUUGGCUUUGUGGAGCUCCAAGCUGUACGUCAAUCGAGAAUAAACCUAGACUUUAUUAGUUAUCAUCCAAUCCUCUCAUCAAGUGCUUUUACCUUUGCUGUUGGUGCAGAGCAAGGCAAGGUGAGUCUGAGAUGCUGCCAGGUAAAGAUGGGCCGACAAGGGGAGGAAGGAGCCAGGACCCCUCAGUGUCUUCCGAGGACCCCUCUGUUAGUCUCUUCAGGGAGUACCUGAGGAUCAAGACUGUCCACCCAGAGCCUGAUUACGAGGGUGCUCUUAAGUUCCUGGAUCGAAUUGCAGCAGAGCUGGGGCUGCCCUUUAAGAAAGUUGAGGUCUGUCCCGGGCGAAUUGUGGGUAUUAUGACCUGGGAAGGGACGAACCCGAAGCUCAGAUCAAUCCUGUUGAACUCCCACACAGACGUGGUGCCUGUCUUCCAGGAACACUGGAAGUACGAUGCAUUUGGUGCAUUCAAGGACGGAGAAGGGAACAUAUACGGCAGAGGCACCCAGGAUAUGAAGUGUGUCACCAUACAGUACAUAGAAGCUAUUAGGAGACUGAAGUCUGAAGGGAGAAGGUUUCUUCGCACAGUACACUUAAUGUUUGUCCCAGAUGAGGAGGUUGGGGGCCACAAAGGAAUGGAGAUGUUUGUAAAUCUCCCUGAGUUUCAAGCUCUGAACAUUGGCUUUGCACUGGACGAAGGCCUGGCGAACCCUGGAGACUCGUUCACAGUUUUCUAUGGAGAGAGGAACCCAUGGUGGAUAACAGUAAGAUGUACUGGAAACCCAGGGCAUGGGUCAAGAUUCGUUGAAAACACUGCAGCUGAGAAGCUGCACAAAAUUAUAAAUUCUUUCAUGGACUUCAGAGAGAAGGAGAAGACCAGAUUGAACACCAGUGAGUGUUUCACGCUGGGUGACGUCACCACAGUGAACAUGACCAUGGUGCAAGGGGGCGUGGCCUAUAACGUCAUCCCCCCCAACAUGGAUGUCAGCUUUGACAUGAGGAUCCCGCCCACCGUCAGUCUGAAGGAAUUUGAAGAGCAGAUUAAAGCGUGGUGUCAGGCCGCUGGGGAAGGUGUCACCUACCAGUUUGCACAGAAACACAUGAACCAGAACUUGACGUCCACGGAGCACACUGACCCCUGGUGGAGAGCCUUCAGCACUGCGUGCAGCGACAUGAACUUGGCUUUAAAAAAGGAAAUCUUUCCAGCAGCAACCGACAGCCGAUUUAUUCGAGCAGUUGGGUUGCCUGCAAUCGGCUUCUCGCCGAUGAAUCGAACCCCGAUCCUGCUGCACGACCACAACGAGUUCUUGAACGAGCGAGUCUUCCUGCACGGCAUUGAGAUCUACUGCAGCCUCGUCCCCGCACUGGCCAGCGUCUCAGCCCUGCCCAGCGAGGCUGAAGAGCACGUCUAACUCCCACAGACACAACACGCACGCACGCACACAGAGCCAGUAACACUUUACAAUCUAUACUGAUAAGUCCUUUCUGAGUGCACCAAUACUGUUCAAGGGCUUGUAUUAGGUCAUGCAGGUAGGGCAAGCAGACUUAAGAAUAAGACCAUUUGCUUCUAGAAUGAAUCAGUUUCACAGUAUUGCAUAACUACUGCGUUCAUGGGCAGCAGUGUGAAAUCCAUAAUUCCCUCUACACACACCCCCAAAAAACACAGCUAAGAACGCACAUGUGUGUGCGCCCUAAGAAACAUGCAGCAGCAUAUCACAUGAGUUUUUUUAACACAGAUUGCAUUGCCAAAUAUAGUCCAUCGUCCAAGUUUAAAUACAUUAUAAAACCUCUAACGACAAGCAGCUCAGGACACAGAACUGAACAUCUUACGGUUUUGGAUACUAAAUUUUGUAGGAGGCAACGGUUUGAGAAUGAGCUUCCCUACCAGGUAUCAGUCAUUUAUUUAUUUUUUAAUUUAGUGUCACUGAAUCUUCGGAGAAACUCCCAAAAUCUGACGCCGUUUGAGAUUCUUUUACUUUUCAGAUCAGCUGUGACUUGAAUCUCAAUAAAAAAAGCUGAUUUUUAAUUUGCAAACUCGCUUCUGAAGAUGAGAAAUGGACACAAGUGAGCCGGAGGCAUUGUCAGGGUUAAUACUGGAUGAGAGAUACAAAGAACGAACCUUUGGCGUGGGAUAGGAAGGAGUUUGCAUGCUCCAGUCCCGCGAGGCUGUGAAUCCUGAUGGAUCUGUUCAGAGGCGACAGCACUGAUCUGCUUUUCAUGAGAUAUAAAACAAGCUUUAAAACUCCCUUUCUCUCAUUUCAGAUUCAUCAUGUUUCAGUCAUCUCCUCUGCUCCUGUGUUGUUACACUGAUCAUUUCAGAUUUGAUUUGUACAGACUUUGCAGGGCUGAUGUCUUAACUUGCCUUGGGAAAAAGAAAUUUGUAAAAAAGAAGGUAUCUUAAUAUUAUUGAAUCUACUUUUUUCUAAUUCUAAUAAAGUUUCUCUUUUGUUCAAA